AUGGCAGGAACGGAUAGCCACGAAUUAGUCCGCAUAGAGACAAAUAUUCUGGCCAAAGGAAAACUUAUAGUGGUCUUUUGUGGUUUAGCAUUUGCUCUUCUUAUCACUUAUAUAGAUCAAAACUCCAUUGGUAUAGCAUUACCAACAAUCGGAGCAGAUCUCAAUGCGGCCACCACAAUUUCUUGGGCAGGUACUUCAAGUUUGAUUGCCAACACAGUAUUCCAAGUUCUUUACGGAAGAAUAUCAGAUAUCUUGGGAAGAAAAGUGGUAUUCCUCACUGCCGCGGGAUUGUUGGCGCUAGGAGAUUUGCUUUGUGGGUUCGCUCAAACAGGUCCCCAACUUUAUGUUUUUAGGGGUAUUUCCGGAGUGGGGUCUGGUGGGAUUAUGGCCUUGAGUAUGAUGAUUGUAUCAGAUGUUGUUACUUUGGAGAAUCGUGGAAAAUAUCAAGGGAUUUUGGGAUCCUGUGUCGGUUUGGGCAAUACUAUAGGACCAUUCUUGGCGGCCGCCUUCGUCCAACAUUCGACAUGGCGAGGUCUUUUCUGGUGUAUAUGCCCGCUCGCUGUUCUAUCCGCUAUCAUGGUAGCAUGGACACUCCCUCCAAGUAAAGUGCAUGGCUCUACAGCAACCAAAAUUCGAGUCAUCGAUUAUCCAGGAAUUGUCCUCGUGACCGCAACCAUUUUGCUCAUUUUAAUACCCGUUUCGUGUGGUGGCACCUACUUCGAAUGGUCUAGUCCCAUGGUAGUUUCCAUGCUCACAGUGGGUGGCAUAUGCUUAGUUGCUUUUAUCAUCGUGGAAUGGAAAUUCGCCGUUAUGCCAAUGUUACCUUUGAACCUUUUCAAAAACCCCGCCGUCUUCGCCAUCCUCACACAAAACUUUCUCUUCGGCAUCGUUUAUUACUCUCACCUCUACUACCUCCCAGUAUACUACCAAAAUGCUCGCCAGUACUCACCUCUCAUGUCCGCCGCCCUCACCAUCCCAUUUGUCGCCACCCAAUCCAGCUUCAGUAUUGUAUCCGGACAAUACAUCUCUAGGACGAAACGCUAUGGCGAAGUUAUCUGGAUGGGAUUCAUUCUUUGGACCCUAGGAUCAGGUCUCAUUCUUCUAUUUUCUCGGACGAUACCAAAAUGGAAAAUCGUCUUAAUCCUCUUGACCGAGGGUGCAGGAGUAGGUUUCGUCUUCCAACCUACUCUCACAGCAGCGCAAGCCCACUGCACCAAACGUGAUCGCGCAGUCGUUAUCUCCACCCGAAAUUUUCUGCGCUCACUAGGUGGUGCAUUCGGUCUCGCGAUUUCCUCGGCUAUUUUUUCAAAUUCGGUCAAGUCCCAUCUAACCAGAUUGGCAACUCCCUUACCCGAAGGAUUUAAGGAAACAAUCCUUGCAUCGAUACUAAGUAUUCCAAACUUAUCAAUCUUAACAGCGGAACAAAAAAACGAAGUCUUAGAUGCAUAUAUGGCGGCGAGUAGAAGUGUAUUUUUACUUUGGGUACCGAUUAUUGGGGUUUGUUUGUGUCUUUGCCUUUUGAUUAAGGAUAAGGGACUGCAGAGACCGGAUGAGAAACCCGUGGUUAGGGAAGAGGAACGUGGAGUGGAAAGUGGUGGAAGUGUGACGGAAAAUGAGCUCGUGGUCGAGGAGAGGGGUAUAGGGAGAGAUUUAGAGAGUGGACGAGGGGAGAAUGCCGUGGAAGCAAAACUUUAG